CUCCAACCAAACGCAAAGCAAAGAACAGAACCCAAUUCCAUCGUUCCCCACUCGGGCUCCCGGUCUCCUCCACCCUCCUCCCUCGCCUCGCGGCCUUCCGGCAUUUGCUCCAGCUCGGAACUGAGCCGCGCGACACGAGGCUGACGGAGGGAAUGGAGUCGGACGCGUCCACCUCCCCGCGGCGGCGCAGCACGAGCUGUUACAGCGACAGCGGCGAUUCCUCCUGCUCCGAGCCCUUCAGCGAGUGCGGCAGCGACGACCUCUCCUUCACGCCCGCCGCCGCCGCGGGCAUCCACCGCCUGCUGCUCUCCUGCGCGGCCGAGGCGUCGGAGGACGCAAUCUCCUCGCUCGUGGCCGAGCUGGAAUGCCCGUCGCAGUCGCUGGACUCGCUCCGCCGCGCGGCGAUGGAGCUCCGGCUGCUGGCCAAGCACAACCCGGACAACCGGGUCCGCAUCGCCGCGGCGGGCGGCGUCCGCCCGCUCGUCAGGCUGCUGUCGCACGCGGACCCGCUGCUGCAGGAGCACGGCGUCACGGCGCUGCUCAACCUCUCCAUCUGCGACGAGAACAAGGCGACCAUCGUCGAGGCGGGCGCGAUACGGCCGCUGGUGCACGCGCUCAAGUCCGCGGCGUCGCCCGCGGCGCGGGAGAACGCCGCGUGCGCGCUGCUCCGGCUGUCCCAGCUCGACGGCGCCUCCGCGGCCGCCAUCGGCCGCGCUGGCGCCAUCCCGCUGCUGGUCUCCCUGCUCGAGACCGGGGGCGCGCGGGGCAAGAAGGACGCCGCCACGGCGCUGUACGCGCUCUGCAGCGGCGCGCGCGAGAACCGGCAGCGCGCCGUGGAGACCGGCGCCGUGCGGCCCCUGCUGGACCUCAUGGCCGACCCGGAGUCCGGCAUGGUGGACAAAGCCGCGUACGUCCUCCACUCCCUGGUGAGCUCCGGCGAGGGCCGCGCCGCCGCCGUCGAGGAAGGCGGCAUCCCCGUCCUGGUCGAGAUGGUGGAGGUCGGCACCUCGCGCCAGAAGGAGAUCGCCACCCUCUCCCUCCUGCAGAUCUGCGAGGACAACGCCGUCUACCGCACCAUGGUCGCCCGCGAGGGCGCCAUCCCGCCCCUCGUCGCCCUCUCCCAGUCCUCCUCCGCCCGCCCCAAGCUCAAAACCAAGGCGGAGUCGCUGAUCGAGAUGCUGCGGCAGCCGCGGAGCCCGAGCCUCCGCACGCGGCCAGCGGCAGUCGUUGCGGCGGAAUGACCCCGCCCCCCUGGUGGUGCGUGCCAAGAAUCCUUCUCUUCUUCGUCGAGACGAGCCUGCGCGGGUCGACCGGCCAGCCGGCGUGAGCGUGUAAAUACUAGCAAGCAUCGUGUUUGCGUCCGCGAGCGAGUGUACAGUUUUCUCAAGCGAGAUGUCCGGAGGAUCGAAGACCAAUCUACUCGAUGUAAUUUCUUCCUCCCGAACCUUCCUUCUGUUCCCUUUCCACUUUCCACCCAAUCUGUUUGCUUGCUCGCCGCCGGCCGCGGCGUGGCAAAGGUGUGUGCAGCGAAACCGCGAAAAAAAAGGUUCGGAUUAGCGUGUGGGCCGCGUGGGUUGUGCACUUGUGCUGUGCUUCUGCUUGUCGCAGCAGUGUGUACGUGUGUGCUACGGCAGUAAAUCAAGUCGGUUUUCGAAUCCUGUGGUGGAUACGAG